UAUAACCUAAGUUUUUUACUGUUAAACUUGUAAAAUAAAAUCUCUGUAUUAAAAAAAAUUAGUGUUCGUGUAAGUGUGUUUACAAUCUGUAUAGGACGAAAACAUUGUGAAGCUAACUUUUUAAAUUAGCUGAGAAAAUAAUACAAAAUGGCACGUAAUGCAGAGAAGGCAAUGACCACUUUGGCUCGAUGGAGAGCUGCACACUGCAACGAAGGGAAAAAAGAGCAAGAGAGGAGACCUUACCUAGCCUCGGAAUGCAAAGAUCUUAGGAGAGCUGAAAAGUGGAGAAACCAAAUAAUCAGAGAAAUAGCCAAAAAAGUGGCUCAGAUACAAAAUGCUGGUCUGGGUGAGUUUCGCAUUAGAGACUUGAACGAUGAAAUCAACAAACUGCUCAGAGAAAAGCGACACUGGGAGGUACAAAUUAAAGAGCUUGGUGGUCCAGAUUACUCACGAACUGGUCCACGUAUGUUGGAUCACGAAGGAAGAGAAGUACCAGGAAAUAGAGGAUACAAAUAUUUUGGAGCUGCCAAAGAUUUACCUGGAGUCAGAGAAUUGUUUGAGCAAGAACCUCCACCACCACCAAGAAAAACUCGCGCUGAGUUAAUGAAAGACAUUGAUGCAGAUUACUAUGGGUACAGAGACGAUGAUGACGGCAUUCUUGUGCCUCUAGAGCUGGAAGCUGAACAGGAGUAUCGUGAAAUAUUGAUUGAAAAGUGGAAAAGUGAAAAGAAUGGUAAAGAGACACAAGUUCCAGAAGUGGACGAAGAAAUGGAAACAAAUCAAAUGCAUGUCCUAAGCCAAAAAGAGAUCCAAGAGGUGUUACUGAUGAGAAAGAAACAAGAACUCUUGGAGAAAUAUGUGUAUUGAGUCAAAAACACAAAUCUAGGUAUAUUUAAAUAAGUUGUAUAAUAUGUUUCAUAAAUAAUUAUUCUAAU